AGCGACGCCGCUGCCCUCGCACAGCAGGCACAAGCCAUGUCCGUCGACGAACAGGAGCGCCGGGCGCGAGAGAUCGCGUCCAUUACCCUCCUCGACCUUGCUCCCCGCCCCGACCGCGGAGGCACCCAGGGUCGUCCCAUCUCGCUCCUGUCGAACAUGUACAAGGUCAAUGUCGCCGCCGCAUCUGGCCAGCCAACCAAGGCCGUCCGUGGCGGUUCAGUGCCCCAGCAGGCCCGCCUGUCGGCCGCCUCUUCAAACGUUGUCCACUACGACGUCGUCAUCACGCCUGUCGAGGACCCUAACCGUCCCCGUCGUUCCAAGUCCGACCGUCCGCUCCCCGGUCUUCUCCAGAUGCAAAUUCUCGAGGUGGGACUCAGGGCUGUGGCCGAGGCCGGAGACCGUGGAGUGACGCGAGCCGAUAUCGUGCCUCUGGCGUUUGACGGUCGCAAGAACGCGUACUUCGCUCGCGCCCUGCCCGCUUCGCAGCUCAAGUUCGAGGUCACACUCCCGUCGAAGGAUGACAAGGCCGGCAAACCGUCGGACCGCAAAUUCUCGGUGACCCUCACGGAGGUCAAUCAAAUCGACCUCGACAUUCUUCCUCAGUUUUGCGACGCAAAUCGCAAGACUGUCAUGUCGUCAGGAUCAGCGAUGCCGGAAAAGGUUGCGGUGGGACUGCAAGCCCUCGACAUCCUUCUCCGCCACGAUCCUCAGAAACUGUACAAGGUGUAUGGCCAAGGCGGUCGAAGAUUCUUUGAUCCUUCGCUCGCUGUGUCCAUCGCAAAUGGCGCUCAGGUGUGGAAGGGAUUUUUCCAGUCAGUACGACCGACAAUGGGCGGAUUGGUGGUCAACCUCGACGUAGCAUUCAGCGCUUUUAUUGCUGGCGGCCCCCUCCUCGUAGUCGCCGCACGCCUGCUCGGCAUGGGCGGCGGUGGUGGCGGCGGCUUCGGCGGCCGUGGAGGCCGUGGCGGAGGCUUCGACCGUGGCCGGGGCGGUGGCCGCGGUGCUCCCCGCGGCGGACGUGGUGGAGGCUUCGGUGGUGGCGGUGGCGGCGGCCAUGAGCCCACGAUAAGCAAUCUUACUCCCCGCGAGUACCAAGUGCUGCGCAAGCACCUAAAGGGCGUCCUGAUCGGUGUCACACACCGGAACACAUCGAAGUCGGAAAAGUUCAAGGGAUUUACGCCAAGAUCGGCAGCUGAGACAGAGUUCACGCUCUCGGACGGAAAAGUCACCAACGUCGUUGCCUACUUCAAGGACAAGUACAACUUCGUCGUACGGCAGCCGCACCUCCAGUGCGUCAUUCUGGAGUCCAAGGCCUUUGUGCCCAUGGAGGUUUGCACCGUGCUACCGGGCACGCCAAUCCCUCCACAGCGCCUGCUGCCGGCGCAGACACAAGACAUUAUCCGGGAAGCAGCACAGCGUCCCGAAGAUAGGUUCCGCCGUAUCUCUGAAAUUCGUCGAUCACUUGCGUACGAGAGCAGUGACCGCAUCAAGUCGUGGGGAGUAGACAUCUCCCAACAACCCGUGGCAGUCCAGGGCCGAGUGCUCCAGCCGCCCGAGAUCAAGUACGGUGGCGGCGGAAGACCCGUGCAAGCAAGGAACGGCUCCUGGAACCUUGCUGGGCAGAAGUUCUGCCAGUCGGGACGCGAGCUGUCAACGUGGGCUGUGGUGAACUUCUCCAACGUUCCGGAGCAAGUCAUCCAGGCGUUUGUCUCUCAGCAGGUAAUGGCCCUCCGUCAACUGGGAGUCAGGGUCGUCAACGACCGGCCGGUUAUCCGCACCGGCGUGCGUGACCUGGGACGUAUUCAGUCGACGAUGAACGAGGCUGGACGAGCAGCUUACAAUCAAGCCAAGGCCAAGGGCGGCCAGCCAAAGCCGCCCCAGCUCUUCCUCUGCAUCAUGGAUAUGCAAGACCAGGAAUUCUACGAAGAGAUCAAGCGCGUCGCUGCCCUUCAUCUCGCGUCGCCGGUUCCGUCGCAAGUGGUCAACACAAAGAAGGCGCUCAACGAGCGCGGACAGGCUCAGUACUGCGCCAACGUCUCUAUGAAGAUCAACAUCAAGCUUGGCGGCACCAAUCAGAUCAUCGAGGGCGAAAGGGACCUGCCCAAGAUUGGCAAGAACACGAUGCUCAUUGGUGCUGACGUUACGCACGGCGCUCCCGGCACGACCAUGCCGAGCGUGGCUGGCUCAGUCGCGACGAUGGAUGGCAAUCGCACCCGUUACUCGAGCCAGGUCCGCUGCCAGGUCAACGAGCGCGGUUCUGCCCAGGAGAUCCUCGUCGACGCCGCCGGCAUGUUCGAAGGCCAUCUCCAGUCGUGGGCUGAGGCCAACAACAAGAGUCUACCAGCCAAUGUCAUCGUGUUCCGCGACGGAAUCAGUGAAGGCCAGUACUCGCAUGCCGUCGACGCAGAAAUUGCAAGCUUCAAAGCCGCCGCAGACAAGACCUCUCGAGCCCUCGGCAAGCCUGCUUACGUUCCCAAGCUCACCUACAUCGUAUGUGGCAAGCGCCACCACAUUCGCUUUCAAGCUGCCAACCCCAACGACAUUGCCAAUGACCGGAGCGGUAACCUGCCCGCCGGCACAGUCGUCGAUACAAAUGUCGUUCAUCCCUUCGGAUUCGAUCUGUACCUUCAAGCACACUCGGGCCUCGUCGGUACUGCUCGUCCAGCUCAUUAUGUCGUUCUUCACGAUGACAAUGCCUUCAAGUCCGACGAGCUCCAACGAGUCCUCAAUUCGCUGUCGUACAGCUACUCUCGUGCGACGAGGUCGGUCUCGCUCGCCCCUCCUGCCAUGUAUGCCCACUUCCUCUGCGAAAAGGCCCGGAUUCUGCUCAAAAGCGACGAUGAAUCCGACGUCGCCAGCAGCGUCAGCGAUUCGGCGCCGACAAGGACUGCGAUCUCGACGAUUGACACCAAGAAGCUCAUGACGCAGCUCAGUCGUAACGCCCUGCUUGGAAAGCAGUUCUGUGAAUCCCAGUGGUACAUGUAGACCCAUCCCAGGUCUCAUGUCGCUCCUAACCAGGUGACGAAGCAGCGUCUCCCUUAUCACUUCAGAUCGUCGUCCAUCGCACAAGAUCAGACGCAAUAUCCCCCUCCCAUCCCGGCCGUUCACUCCUCUGUUUCUUUUAUGUUCCGUCCACGAAACAAGCCUUCCCGUCAAAGACGAGACUGUCUGUUCUAUAACUUUUCUCUUGAACUGACACCAUCACACCUUCUUGUGAAAUGAGUAACCCGAU